AUGCCGUACAUCCCUUCCCCGAGAAUUCUGAAACCCAAAGCAAGUCUUACAUACCGCGGAGUAUCUGGACCUGGAAUUCGGUAUCGAAAUGACCACAUUGUAAUCGAUCAAGCUGGAUCUCGCGCCUACCACAAUAAAAGAAACAUCGCAUCCGAAGAAAAUGGAGGAAAGGUGUGCGGGCAUAAUGGUAUCGUAUCCACCUGGUCAUCGCCACCGUAUCAUUGA